CUCCUCCAUCGAUCCAUUUUCUUUUCUUCCUUUCUCUCUGCUCGUCUUCUACUCAGUCUUCUCAGACGUUCCGUCCGGUGUUCUACGCCUACCAUAUCCUCGUCUGCAGUGCUUUCCGCGCAGAGCCCUUCAGAAAUCAUGCAUCCCAUCAAUCUCCAGUCCCGUCGAGACCGUUUCAGGUCGAGAUAGCUAGCUGUCUCAUUAACUCGACACGAUUCCACCCUCGACCUCGCCUUUUUCUUUUUCUUGAGUCGCCAUAUCCUCUGGUAGCUCUCCGCUCCCGCUCAGCUACCAUCUGGUUCAGCGUAUCAAGCAAGGAGAGGUGUCUACGACCGUAUCCGUUUCCGCCGUAAUCCAUCGGUACACUCACCCCAUCCCGCCAAAAUGUUCAAUUAGACGCGUCAAAGUAACUUUUCCGACCAUUACCCCGGGUUGGGCGCACUCAAAAGGUCCUCUGAGGUCCUCUCAGGUCCUCACGCACAUUGAGGACCUCCGCGAGACAAAUAUUAAUAUCUGUGCUCUUCUCCUUGGUCAUUGUAUUAUAAAUUCGCAUCGUCACUCUCUUCGCUGGAACUUCUAUAUUCAGCAGACACCUGCUCCCAGCUGGCUACAUUUUCCGACGACUGCCUCACGAAGGGAAGAAACCGAAGACAAAGGACUACUCUAGUGAAGAUGAGUGUCCAGGAAUCCACGGCGGCUGCUGCCCUAGCGGGACCGGACCCAGCAACAGAUGCACUGCCAGCCCUCGACGUGUUGUCAACCUCGACUACCAUUCAAGACGAUAAAUCCCAACCUCCGACUCCAGAUGGCUCCGGACUGCCAGUCAACUUCCAGACCAUUGCUCCUGGACAACUCUACAGAUCCAGCUACCCACUCUACGCGCAUUUCCAGAACCUCGCAGAUCUCGAGCUCAAGUCGAUUGUCACUCUGGUUGCUGAGAAGCUUCCAUUUGAGUACGAAAACUUCAUCACCUCCAAUGGCAUCACGCAUUACCAAAUCCCGAUCCUGGCCAACAAGGAUCCGAAGAUCUAUACUCCCGAUGAGACUGUCAACAAAGUCCUCGACCUAAUCCUCGAUCCAGCCAAUUAUCCCAUGCUCAUCCACUGCAACAAGGGUCGUCACCGGACCGGGACAAUGGUCGCGUGCUUCCGCAAGGUCACCGGCUGGACGUUGGAAGACUGCAUCGAAGAGUACGAGAGAUACUCCAGGCCCAAGGAUCGGGCUCUGGACAAGAUUUUUAUUGAACGAUACGACGCCUCUCCACUGAAAGCGCUGGCUCUUGAAAGAGGCUAUGUUGGUGGAAUCUGGAGAGCGCCGGUCCGCUCGUCCACAAAAUCGUCCGUCUACACUAACAAUACCGUCGAAACCUCCACGACCAGCGACGAGUCCGACGGCCCGCCGAAUGACUAUCAAGAGCGCGCCAAGAAGGAGAAUGACGCCAUCCUCGAACCCGCCAGACGCUGGUCAUACAAGUAACUCAGCAAAGGCUGACGGCUCGAGGACAUCAAAUCACUGUACUAUAGAUACAACAGCGCAAGCACGAACAUUGUCAUUGCCAUCGGUCAUAUAGGACCUGAAAUCUCUGGUUUCGCGUCCCAGCUCUGUCAACCCAGAGGACCCAGUACGGCGGACCCAUGGCAUGGCAUAGAAAGAAUUGAAUACGAAGAUGAAGUGGCCAUUCAGGUUGGCCCGGAGACGACGAUGCUGAAGGAUAUCAGAAUUGCCACAACGACAAGUCACCAACGCUCCAGUGACACAAUGCGCUGGUACAAGAAACGCCGGAUGUGUUUUGGGGGAACUGGAUGAUACAAGCUGCCCUUUCCUUUCUGCAUCGAAAGCGCCAAAGCUGCCGUGUGUACCGGCCAAAUGCAAUGGAAUGAAUGACUUUUGGAGUCGGACUCUGUCGUUGGGAAUGGGUUGGAAUUACAUGCUACUACACAUGUUUUGGAAAAUAUGGAAAAUAGCAGCACGCACCAGGGGCGCAAAUGAAGUGGCUGCCUGGUCGCAGACCAAGUACCGUUCAUCACUUGGACCGAUAUGCCUGUGCCUGUGCCUAUGCUUGGCCAUUAUUUGUAGAAAAGAAUCUUUACUUUACUCUGUACUCAGUACUCC